AUGCAAAGUGGAACCAAGUGUUGGGAGCGAAUUCUGUCGAACCAGGAGCAUGUGCCAUCUGCAACUGUCGGUUGCAAGGUUGCCAGGUUGCGAAAAGGAUGCGACGGCGUCUGUAUGUAUGAAGUUUUGGGGAUCAGACUAUGUGGGCGGUUUGUGGAAGGACAGCAGGUGAGGAUAGGGUUUCCGCAAAGGAUGAUCCUCACAGUAAACAGUGGCAGUUUUCGAAUCGCCGAAAACAGCUUCAUUACCAUGAAAAUGUCUAAAGGGCUACUGAUGAAAUGCGAAGGCUCUGAGGAAGAAUUUUCAAGAGAAUUCAAGAUUCCCUUAGAAAUCAGCGAGCCCUUUCAGAGCACCAAAGUCGAUUUGCUGGUUUUGGCGGAGCUGCCACCGAGGAAGGACGAUCGAUCUGUAGAACAUAAGGUUUCGAUGUUAUGUCCUUGGUCCAGGAAAGAAACAACAGUGCCCCUCCACUUCCCGCCGCCCUUCCUGAGCGUCUGCAGGCUGCACACGUCGCAGGCCAGAAAAUUCGUCCAGGUGUCGGUUCGGGGUCUUCACGAUCAGAAAGUGGCCCUUAAGAGGCCACAACUGGAGUGCAAAGUAGAUGGACUGCUUUUGAGGGAUUUGAAUCCGGGGGCUGAUCAGAUACUGACGAUAACCAACGGCAUAACAGCCUCCUUCAUGUGGGAACUGGAAAUCGAACCACUCCAAAAGCACCAGGCCAACAUAAAAAUGGACUUUAGCAUCCUGUACGCACCAGUAGAAUCCCUUUUACCAUCACCAUCAAACCCUUCCCUUAAUACUCACGACCCCAACACCUCACCCUUCACCCAAUACACAUGUCCCUUCGACCUUAAGGACUACACAACCCUCUAUAUGGUCAAAUGCAAAGUGGAACCAAGUGUUGGGAGCGAAUUCUGUCGAACCAGGAGCAUGUGCCAUCUGCAACUGUCGGUUGCAAGGUUGCCAGGUUGCGAAAAGGAUGCGACGGCUUCGGUUAUGUAUGAAGUUUUGGCGGACCAGACUAUGUGGGCGGUUUGUGGAAGGACAGCAGGUGUAAUAACAGUGGACAAUUGUAAAGAACAAACAGUAACUUUAGAAGUCAUCCCUUUGACCGCAGGUUUUCUACCACUGCCCUUAGUGCGAUUAUCAAAGUACAUCACGGCCGAUCAGAGGUCUGGAGAUAAAACAGAUAACAGAAAGUCAGAUCCGAAUCAUUCUCAUCCUAAACUCGAACCAUUUGCACCAGGACAGGUUUAUAACUUUAGUAAGGCUCAGCAGGUUCACGUCUUGGGUAACAAUCCUGAAGGAAACUGACAGUGUAAAUAAAUAAA